AAAACGAGAUAAAUAUACUAUAUAUAAUAAUAUUUAUAUAUAUUUCCUUCUACUUUCUUCCAGCCCCAAGCCUCCCCCCUAAGCUACUAACAACAAAUCUUGAAUACAGUCAAAAGACUACAAGGAAGAAAACCCCAAGAAGAAGAAGAAGAAACUACUGCUUCAUAUUCAUAAACUUGUUGCACUGUAAAAUCUCGUAUUCCUCUUUCCUUUUUUUCUUGCUGUAUUCAUGGCUGAUAAUAACCUUAGAAUUGUUGUAGAAAGAAACCCCUCAGAGUCAAAACUCUCAGAGCUUAACAUCAAAUGUUGGCCCAAAUGGGGUUGCUCUCCCGGAAAGUACCAGCUGAAGUUUGAUGCAGAAGAGACAUGUUAUUUGCUGAAAGGGAAAGUGAGGGCAUACCCAAAAGGGUCUUCAGAGUUUGUAGAGUUCGGUGCAGGAGAUCUUGUCAUCAUCCCAAAAGGUCUCAGUUGCACUUGGGAUGUUUCUGUUGCUGUUGAUAAACACUACAAAUUCGAGUCUUGUUCACCUCCUCCUUCUUCCUCCUGUCAGUAGUAUCAUUACUAUUACUAUUCUUAGCAUAUCACUAAUUUCUUUCUUGAUUUAGUUUCUUAUUACUUCCACUAAUUCUUUCAAAUUCAUUUAUACUAGCUAGUUAAUUCCCUUUUUUUGGGGGGGGGGUGGGGGUUGGCUUUUUGGAUUAUGCAAUCGAUGAUUUUGAGAAGGAAGAAGGGUUAGAAUGAUGGUAAAUGAUGUUUCUUGGUCAAAGCAAGGGAAACAAUGAGUCAAUGCAUGUCCCAUUCAAACUAAUCCUUCUUUUUAAAUAUGCUUUAAAUGUCUCCUUUGACCGGUCAAUACAUUGAUAUUUUUGUGUGUC